AUGACCCCGAACCGACAAUGUGCGUUGGCCUUGUCCUCUCGGCGCAUGACGCAUAGUCAAUCGUCAAACCAUAACCGUGGUUCCUUGGAAGAUACCGACAAUUCUCAAGCCUAUCCUUUAUCUGGUUACUAUGCCUUGAUCUUGAAUUCCCCAUAUCACAGCCGUGCGAAAACUGCACGCCCAACUACACCUCCACCCGAGGUAAAGCCAGCUCCGACAAACUUAUAUGAAGCACAAACACCCCAAGAAAAAAUGGCAAUUGUUUUUGGCACUCGCCUUGCUGGUCCUGGCCGCGAGUCUCGUUACAAUCCCGGCGAAAUUCCACCAGAAUCCGAAUGGAAAACUAUCAACGGAGUGCCUAUCCCACCCCGCCCAGAGGAACCCGAGAACUGCUGUAUGAGCGGUUGUGUACAUUGCGUUUGGGAUGACUUUCGAGACGAAAUGGAAGAAUGGGCAGGUCGAGUCGCACAAGCCAAAGCCAAAGGUGGCUCUGAGAAGGAAACUCGGGACAUGCGCACUGCGCCUCGUGCCAAGGUUGAUUCCGCUAGUCUCAGCUUGGAUGAAGAUGGAGGUGGCAGCGAAGCUAAUUGGCCUGCUCCGAAUCAAGAUGAGGAAUUAUUCGCCAAUAUCCCAGUUGGAAUUCGAGAGUUCAUGAAGAUCGAGAAGAAACUUCGGGAUCAAAAGGAGGCUCAGGCUUCGGCUUAA